UUGUUGUAAAUGUAAAAGUAUUGAAAACCGGUGUGUGAUUUUCGAUAGUACCAUAUUUUUCUUGACGUAUGUUACAAAAUAUUAAUUUCACAAAAUCUUUUACAUUAACUAAUUACCGUAAGAAAUUAAAAUCCGUAAAAAAAAAAUUAUACUCCCGACUAAAAUUACUUAUUUGAUAAAAUAGUCAAUUUUUUUUACCUAAAUAUAAAUAAUACACGUCAUACUUUUAUGUCAUACAUAAAAUACAUUUAACAUUUACUUUUUUUUUCAAUAAAUUUAUUUUAAUUAUUAGCAAUAAUUUAAAUAGUUAAUUAAUUAAUUAAUUACAUUAGUAAUUUUAAUUAUUUAAAAUAAAAAUCGGUUGUUAUUUUUAUGAUUUUUUUUUGCGCUCCAAGUGUUACUCCGUUGAGUUUUUUUUUAUUUUUAAAAUAAUUAUUUUUUAAUUAUAAAUAAUGGGAAAGCCUAAGAAAGGAAAACGUUCUGGUAAAGACGAUGAUCUGGACAGUGAUAUUGAUAUUGAGGAACAAUCAGUAGCAAGUCAAGAUUCAAAAACAAAAUCAUCAAAAUCAACUGGCAAAGAUAAAAAGAAAAAGAAAGAUGAUAUUGAUGACCUAGCAGAUGACUUGGAAGAAUUAAAAGUCGACAAAAGUAAAUCUAAAAAAGGAAAAAAAUCAAAUCGUAAAGCCCAUGAUGAUUCUGAUGAUGAGUCGAUUAGUUUAUCGAAUAAAAACGUCACGAAAAAUAAAGGAAAGAAAGACGAGGAUUCGGAUUCUGACUUUGAAGUAAAGGUCAGCAAAGGAAAGAAGAAGAAUCAGAUAAAGAAAGGAUUUGCCGGAUUGAAUCUAGAUUCUGAUAACGAUGAUGAUGACGAUGAUAAUGAUGAUGAUGAGGAAAAAGUUGUGGUAAAAGCUAAAGGAAAGUCUAAGAAAAAGAAAGGAAAGAAAGGAAAUGACUUUGAUGAUUUUGAGGAUGAUGAUGACGAGCGGGUUAAUAUUAAAAUUCAUGAUGAUGAUGAUGAUGAUGAUGCAUCGGCUGUAGCUAAAAAUAAAGUCAAUAGCAAGAAAAAUAAAAAGAAGAAGGAUGAUGAUUUUGAUAACGACAAUACUAAAGUUAAAGGGAAAACGAAAAAAGGAAAGAAAAAGUCUUUGUCUGAAGACGAUGAUGAUAUCGUCAGUAAACCAGGAAAAAAUAAACAGGUUAAAAGUGUCUUUGCAUUGCUGGAUAUUGAAGGAGAUGAUGAUGAUGAUGAUGACGAUGAUGAUGAUGACAAACGUCAGGAAAGUGAAGAUGAAGAAAAAGUUGUCAGUAUAGAGAGACCUAAAACCAAACAACAGAAUCAGAAACAUCAAAAUCAAGAGUCGACGCACAAUAAAAAAGGAAAAAAAGGAAAGAAAAAAAAUGACAGCGAUGAUGAAAUUGAAAAAGUGUUGGCUGAAUUGGAAAUGGAAUACUCGGGUAAAAAAGGCGAAGUUAAAACUGAUGUCAAAGAAGAAAUAAAAACUGAUGAAAUUGAUAAAGACAAUAAGGAAGAAGGUGAGAAUAAGGAUAAGGAUGAAGAUAAAAAGAAGAAAGACAAAAAGAAAAAUAAAGCGAAAGCUAAAGACGAUAAAGAAAAAGAUCAAGCGACGACUGAGGAACUUAAGGAUGUCGCUGAUGAUGAUGACAAAGAUAAUGACGAAAGUGGUACAGUAAAGACGGCUGCGCAGAAGAAGAAAGAGAAGAAAGAACGUGAGAAAGCGAAAAAAUUAGCGCAGAAAAAAGGCGAACUUCCGAAAAAACCCCAAGAUCAAGAAAAAUCCGAGACACCAGAACCCGAAUCUCAACCCGCCGAGGCUGCCGAAGAAGAUGAUGAUGCAAAGAAGAAGAAAAAACUCAAAGAAGAUCCGAAAGCAAAAGGCAAAGGUCCGUCAAAAAUCGUUCUCGCUAAAAUGCAAGACGCUCUGAAGAAAUUAAAAGAAGACGAAGAACGCGCUAAGCGUGAAGAAGAAGAACGCAUUCGCCAGGAAGAACUGCGCGAGCAGCUCCGUCUCAAGCAGCUGCAAGAGGAACAAGAACGCAAAGAAAGGAAGAAACUGAAGGAAAAGCAACGGAAAGAACGUUUGAAAGCCGAGGGUAAAUUGCUGACACCGAAGCAAAAACAAGAUCGUGCUCGUGCCCAGGCGAUGCUCGACGCCCUCAAAGCUCAGGGUCUCGAAGUCCCCGACAAGGGCGAGAAAAAACCGCGGACACGUCUGCCCCCUGGCGCACGACCGCGGCUCAAUAAACUGAAGCAAACUAGUCAAGACAAUAAAACUGAUGACAAGCAGCAGGAAGACAAAGAAAAAAGUCAACAAGCAAAAGAAGAUGAUAAGGAAUCGAAUAAAAAUUUGAAUGAUCAAGUCCAGCUGGAGAUUAUCGACUCUCCUGCUAACGUCAAAGAAGAAAUCGAAGAGGUAAAAGACUCCUGGGACGUCGAUUCGAGUGAAGGCGAUGAAGACGAUAAGUCUGAUGAAGUAAAAGAACAGAAGACUGCUAAAGUUGACAGUAAACCUGGGAAGAAAGUUACGGGUAAAAAAGUCGAGAGUGAAGAGAGUGAGGACAGUAGUGACAGUGAUGAAGAAUCGGAGGAUGAUGACAGUGAGGAUGGUAGUGAUGCCAGUGAUAACGAGGACAGUAUUGAUGAGAAGAUGACGGAUGCUGAGAAGAAAAGAGAGAGGGCGAGAUUGAGGAUCGCCAACAGACGGGUUGAAGCUGAGAAGAAAAAAACUCUAGAUAAUUUACGUGCUGCGGUUGUUUGUGUACUUGGUCAUGUCGACACUGGGAAAACUAAAAUUUUGGAUAAAUUGAGAAGGACUAAUGUUCAGGACAGUGAAGCUGGUGGUAUCACUCAACAAAUCGGAGCCACUAAUGUGCCUAUUGAUGCUAUUAUUGAGAGUACUAAACACGUUAAAGGGAUUGCUGAUAAAAAAUUCAAAAUACCAGGAUUGUUGAUCAUCGAUACACCAGGUCACGAGUCCUUUAGUAAUUUACGUAAUCGUGGAUCAUCACUGUGUGAUAUUGCUAUUUUAGUUGUUGAUAUUAUGCAUGGAUUAGAACCACAAACACUAGAAAGUAUUGGUCUUCUGAAGACUAAAAAGUGUCCAUUUGUUGUUGCCUUAAAUAAAAUAGACAGAUUGUACGAUUGGCAGACGAUGAAUCGUAAAGAUGUUCAAGAUAUUAUAAAAUCACAAGCACAGAACACGCAGAUGGAAUUCGAAAAGCGGGCGGAUGAAGUUAUCGGACAGUUUGCUGAACAAGGGUUGAACGCUGCGUUGUUUUAUAAAAAUCCUGACCCACGUAGUUAUGUUUCUCUUGUACCAACGAGUGCUAUUACUGGUGAGGGUAUGGGUAAUUUGUUGUCAUUGAUAGUCGAUGCUUGUCAAGGGCCAUUGGCUAAACGUUUGAUGUACAGCGAAGAAUUACAAGCAACUGUACUAGAAGUAAAAGCAUUACCUGGACUUGGUACGACAAUUGAUUGUAUUCUAGUCAAUGGAGCACUUAGAGAAGGUGAUACUAUGAUUGUUGCUGGUACUGAUGGCCCUAUUGUUACACAAAUACGUUCGUUACUUAUGCCCCAACCACUUAAAGAAUUACGAGUUAAGAAUGCUUACAUCGAAUACAGAGAAAUAAAAGCAGCUCAAGGUGUCAAAAUAGCAGCGAAAGAUUUAGAAAAGGCUAUUGCUGGAUUAAAUUUACUAGUUGCUCAAAAACCAGAUGAAGUAGAAUUAUUAAGAGAAGAAAUAGCUAGAGAAUUAUCCAAAGCACUGGGAAGCAUAAAAUUAGUCGAACGCGGUGUCUUUGUUCAAGCAUCAACUCUGGGUGCACUGGAGGCGUUGUUAGACUUUUUGAAAGCCAGUAAAAUACCGUACGCUGGUAUAAGAAUUGGUCCAGUGGUAAAAAAAGAUGUAAUGAAAGCCUCUAUAAUGUUAGAACACGAUAGUCAAUACGCAACAAUUUUAGCGUUCGAUGUAAAAAUUGAACGUGACGCUCAAGAGCUCGCAGACUCACUAGGUGUUAAAAUAUUCCAAGCGGAUAUAAUUUAUCAUUUAUUUGAUAAAUUUACUGCUUAUCGAGAUGAAUUGAAACAGCGGAAAAGAGAUGAAUUUAAACACAUUGCAGUAUUUCCUUGCAAGUUUCGUGUUUUACCUCAGCACAUUUUUAACUCACGCGAUCCAAUUGUUGUGGGUGUUAUGGUCGAAGCGGGAAUUAUUAAAGAGGGAACGCCUGUUUGUGUACCCAGUAAAGAGUUCGUUGACUUGGGCGUGGUUACAAGCAUACAGUACAAUCACAAGGACGUUGAGUCGGCGCGUAAGGGCCAGGAGGUUUGCGUGAAAAUCGAACCGGUGCCAGGUGAAGCACCUAAGAUGUAUGGACGGCAUUUUGAUGACAAGGACAUGAUUGUCAGUAAGAUAAGCAGACAGAGUAUAGAUGCCUGCAAGGAUUAUUUCCGUGAUGAUUUACUGAAAACCGACUGGCAAUUGAUGGUCGAACUCAAAAAACUCUUCCAAAUUCUCUAAACAGAAUCGUCUAUUUAUAGAACAUAUAAUUAAAUCCAAACAUCGCCAAUAAAUAAAAAAAGAACAAAUAUAAUAUUUUUUUUUUAUUAAUAGAAUACUUUUUUUGCAGAUAAUCUGUAAAAAAAAAUUACUUGAUAAAUUGGAAACGUCAAAAAUCAUUUUUAUAAUUGAAAUUUUUAAUUAAUGAAUUUAAUUAUAAAUAUUAACAAUAAUUAAAAUAAAUUAAUACUGAAUAAU